UCACCUUGUCGAGUUGAAUCGAUAGCUCCCAUCGAGGACCGUUAAACGGCACGUAUACUCCAGAUAACGCAGGAGCGCGGUCUCCGCCUAUCAUACCGAUACUUGUGAUCACGACCAGUGUCGAGGAAGACCGUCGAAACCAACGGUAUCUAGUCCUGUACUGGCACGGCACCUAGCAUCAUGGAGCGUGAAACUCUCGACCGCAAUGUCUCGGAGGCAAGUGACAUGAUGGCUCCUACCUCUGACGCCAUGGAUAUGGAGAUGGACUCAGAGGAUGUUACGGCCGUCAUCGAGGCCGGUGGCACAGAUGAGGAGGGCGAGUUCUCCUACAGUGACUAUGACGAAGAGUCGAUGGCCGAUUCUGCUUCUAGUAUCGGCUCGAGCAUCUAUCAACAUAGUUUUCACAAUGGACGGCGGUAUCACAGGUUCAGAUACGGUCGAUAUCCCAUCCCGAACGAUGACAUCGAGCAGAACAGGGAAGACAUGCUGCAUGCAAUGAUGCUCGAGGCUACCAAUGGGCAGUUGUUCUUCGCUCCUAUCCCACAUAAUCCUCAAAGGAUCCUCGAUUUGGGCACGGGCACUGGGAUCUGGGCUAUUGAAAUGGCUGGCAAAUACCCUUCGGCUGAUGUUCUAGGGCUGGAUCUAAGUCCAAUACAGCCAAUCUGGAUUCCUGCCAACUGCAGAUUUAUGGUCGACGAUGUUGAGGACACUUGGGAAAAUGGGGGUGAUUGGGAUUUCGUCCACUUACGAAAUAUGGUUCCAAUACUCAAGGACCCAGUGAGGCUUUUAAAAGAUGCAUAUGAGAAUAUUAAGCCGGGCGGAUGGGUCGAGCUUCAGGACGUUGACGGCAUGGUGCAUUGUGAUGAUGGGUCCCUUCCGCCGGAUUGGCCUAUUCUCCGAUUUACCAAUAUGAUGGUGGAAGCAUUUGCCAGGUUUGGUACACAAUCGCACGCGGCCGUGUUCGGUGGCCAAUACUUGAUCGAGGCCGGUUUUGUGAAUAUUCAACAUCACACUAUCAAGCUGCCAUAUGGGACAUGGCCGAGGGAUAGGACAAUGCGGCUCAUUGGGCUCUACUAUCGAACAGCAGCAGAGCAGUUCUUACCAGCCAUGGGUGCUAUACAGUUGCCAAUGAUGGGUUGGCAACCAGAGGAGAUAGAGGUGUUCUUUGCGCGUUGCCGCGACGCCAUGAGAGAUCCAAAUGUCCAUGCCUACGGGAUGAUGCACUUUUGGUCAGGCCAAAAGCCUCUAAGCGCCUAAUGAGCUUGCUUCGACUUGACACGAGCACCGCAACGCAUAAUCUGGGCACUUUGACGUCUCCACGACCCCUGUCUGGGACUGAC